GUAUCCAGGAUACCAACACUUUUCAUUAAAAAUAAAAAGAGCAAUUAAAACAAUUAAAUCAACAUUUAAUAAAAAAAUCAAUGUAAAUUUUUGUAUAGUUAGCAUAACAUAUUCUAGUGUUGAUAAACAAAACAAACGUUGCCAACAAUACACUGAUAACAAAAUAUUGUACUGGCAUGUUGUUUCUCUUAAUUUAGAACAUAGUUUACAAAACUAAUGCACAAUCACAUUCAAGUUAUUGGAGAAAGAUAAAAGGAAGCAAAAGACAAGUGGAAAACUAUUUAUUACAAGAUAUACAAAACAGAACAUAAAACGCACACAAGAAAAACACAAACAACAACAACAACAACAACAAAAAGUACUAUACAAACAAAUUUAGAAACACGAAAAUCCAUGCAGUCAUCCUGUUGUACCUGUUAAUGCCUAAUUUAAAUGUCAUUACCACAACUCAGGAAUUGGAUUGGACAUGUUUCCUCAAUAAAAACCAUACCAUUAUUUCAAAUAUCAAGAUGCCUACUGCAACAAACUUAACUUUAUGCAGCAAUCACAAACCUCAUAACUGCAUAGAGCUUGCUUACAGAAAAUAUAAGAAAACAAGGUGGUACCAGGUGCAGCACUGCCAUAUACAUAAAAUUAAAUACGCACAAUGUCAAAUGAAAAGCUGGCCCAUAACUCCUGGAACAUACACUACCAGAAUAAAAAUCAACAACAUUAACAAAACACAAACAUAUCACAAAAAAUGGAUACAUAUGUAUGCUUUUUCAAACUGCAUAACAAAAGCUGUAAAAACGUUCAAAAUUAUUAAUAUCGGUCACAGCAAAGUACGUCUGUAUUGGACGAACUCGUUACAUACUAAAUACAAAGACCAGUAUAUUAUCAUUACGGAAGAGAGUGUUCUUCACAUGCCAUAUAAAGUAGCAUCCGAGAAAAGCUGCAGAAAUGGUAACUGCACAAGAGAACUUAUCCUUCAAAAAUGUACAAGGUACAGAGUGUGCAUCGACACAAUGAUGGUAAAUAAAAAUAUAACUAAAUGCGAAAACAUUACAACACCCCGUAAAAAAAACUAUGGUGUAUUAGAAAAGUCUCUUACAGUAUCCAGCAAUCAAACUGUAAUUAUUUUAACCACAAGUGUAUUUUUAAUAUGUACUGGAGUUAUGAUUCUUUUAUGGAAACAUAGAAAACUAAAAUUAGAACAACAACAAUAACGACAACAACAGCGACAGCGACAACAACAACAUAUCUACAGACUAAUUGUACAUGAAGAUGAGCUACUCUCACCACGAAAACAACUGAAACCAAUUUACUGGGAUAUAGAAGAAUUGAACAGUUAUGCUGAUAUUACUGAGUUGUCAGCUUUGCUUUGUAUGAAAAUACAAAAAACAUGAAGUUUUUCUAAGUAAUUCUUUUAUAUAAUUAUGAAAAAUAAAAUUAAAGAUACACAAACAUCUUUUUUAAUAUUUAACUUCAACAGGUUUUUUGCUAAAUUAAAAAACCUUUUUCACUACUAAAUGUUUAUCAGUACAGAAUCAUUUAAUCACAAAUUUACAUAAAAU